GCAGAAGCGUUCCUCUUUCCUCUGAGAGCCACUUGUCUGAAACACAGACGCAUCCCACGUAGAGGGGGGUAAAGCUGGAGUCUACCUCCGGGCAGGGGGUAAUUAAUAUAUCUUAAUCGCAUAUUAAUGCCGUGCUGUCACGGACAAUCUUCACUAUCCUGAAACAGAUGCAAAACGGAUAUGGGCUCCCAGGGCUCUGAAGUUUUCGUUACUGUAACGUUGUGUAACGUUGUGUAGCGUUGUGUCACGUUACUUUGUGCAGAGUCUCUUGCCGCCUCGAGAGCUGCUGGCCAGAUGGCAGCUCGCGGUAAUCUCCUUACAGCGCGUGCUGCAUGUUCUGAAUGAGAGGUACGACUGAGAGAAAAGAAGAGGAGCAAGUUCAGUGUUUCUGUCGAAGUGUGGACUAGAACGAAGGAGAAACCCUACAGGUCAGACUUUGAAAGGACUCUUUUUCUCACUGGAGCUGCUUCUACUAUCACUGAAGGACAGGUGUGUCGAUGGAGAAAUACAGGUAGCUUGUUUUGACCGACUCAGGCUGGAGGAGCAACAAGUUGAAUGUGCCCUGACGCUGCACUUGUGAUGGGGACAGAGCUUUGUAUCAGGACUCCACUACGCAGAUUGUGAAAUCCUACCUAUCAUGUGAAGGCUUUGGUUGUGGUUUGAGUGUGUGUGUGUGUGUGUGUGGUGGGGGGGUGUUUUGUGUGAGUGACAGAGACAGUGUAACAGAGAGCUAAGCUUCGUAGCCUCACCCCAGGGGCACUGGCCGGUAAAAAAUGGCCCUGUAACCCUGGAACCAUGAAACCAUGACAGUCAUCACUUAUUCAGGCGCUGCUGGAAAGCUUUGGAGAGAAACCCAGGUUCUUGAACAUCCCCCUGCCUCCAGGAAUGUUCUAGAACCCCUGUCUGAGAUUCCAGAACCCCAGACCAUGCUGGACUCCUCAGAGACCCCUGUUAAAAAAUCUGGAGGGAUCAGAGGCCAGAGAUGGAUGGAGCAGAGGGACAAUUUAGGAGAAGCAGAUGAAGAGGAAGUUAAAAGGAGCCAAACACGGGGCAGAGGAGUUAGCAACGAGAAGAUGAAAAGAGGAAGAAGCGAAGAGAAGUGUAACUUCAGGAAUAAAUGCCAAAUUGAAAACCUAAUAGCUUUGAUAAAACGUGUGAAAGAAAAGGACCAGAUCAACACAGAUACCUCUGGUACUGUGUCAAGUGCAGAAACAGAAGAAGAAAUCAAGCACAGGGGAAAACCGCUCAGGCAGAGGGGAAAGUGUCCUGUUUUUCAUGUGCCAUUUCACCUGAAAAUCAUCCCUGAUGGAGAACUAAAGACAGGAAAAAACAUGAAAGGGAUGAGGCAGCAUGACAUCUUCCUUUGGAUAUAUCUCCUGCUCUUUAGCCUGUGUGCAACACCAGCCUCAUCACAGGGAAAUUUCCCACAAAUGGAGAACAUUGCUGCCUUCAAACCUGUGUCUACGUCCCCGGCUCGCUCCACCUGUGGGGUUCCAGAGCGCAGCAGCUACUGUCAGUCACCGACUUCCCAGACUGAGCUGAUGAACUGUUAUCAGGCCUUCUGUGUCCAGGGUUGUCCCUAUAGAUCCUCCAUACCCCCCUAUGCUCCACUUCUACUGCCUGCACAUAGGGGUACCUGUGUAACUGAAGACACUAAUGACACUCAUCCUGGGACAGAGUUUGGAAACCCUUCUGUUUCUGAGGGGGUUUCUAGCGGAUCCAGUAGUGUGCUGUUUCAACCAGCUCAGGAUGGAUGUCUGGUCUCUCCCCCCUCACAGAAACUGGGGACAAUGGGUUCACUCACCCUGGCAUUGUGGAUAAAGCCAAGCUCUACUGGAGAAAUGGUGCUGCUGGAGAAGAGCUCAAGGCAGAGGUUGUUCUUUUCUGUGAUAGUGUCCGAGCAGGCGGUCAUCCUGCGGUAUGGUCAGUCCAACAGUCAGACUCCUCUGACUGUCAGCUUCAGAACAGAGGGGAGGCUUACACCAGAAAAAUGGACACACCUUGUUCUACAGGUCCAUGACAGACGUGUGAGUCUAUUCCUGGACGGGCUUGAGGAGGAUGGGACACCAUUUGACACACAACCUCUGACCGCCAGGCUCUCAGACAUCAGUGAGGAUGGUGCCAUGUGGGUGGGACUCAGCUCAAAUGGGUCUAAUCAGUUCAUUGGGAGGAUGCAGGACUUUAGAUUUUAUCCUGCCACUCUGACCAACAGGGAAAUUGUGGAGGUGUACUCAGGUGUCCUCCCUGAGCUCCAUGCCCAGUCAGAGUGUCGCUGUCCUCCCAGUCACCCCAGAGUGCAUCCAUUAGUUGAAAGAUACUGCAUCCCCAGUGGCGUUGAAGACACAACCAAUGACAGAGUUUUAAGACUCAACCUUAAUGCCCACCCAAUCAGCUACAUCAAUGAUCAGGACAUGGGCACCACAUGGCUUUCUAAGAUCAUGACUACACAGGAACUGGAUGAGGGACUCACUAUUUCUGUGGACUUGGUUAAUGGACAAUACCAGGUAUUCUAUGUUAUAGUCCAGUUUAGUGGCCUCUUGCCUGAGUCAGUACGAAUCCAACGACGGAGGCUUGACCUCACAAAAAACGAGAGUGGGACCAGCACAGAACACCCUUGGUUGGACUGGCAAUAUAUGGCCAGCAACUGCAGCAUCUUUGAAAUGAAGAACAACGGUCGUUUACUGAGACCAGACUCGAUCAACUGCCUGCAGCUGCCCAGAGAAGUGCCUUAUUCAGGAGGUAACAUCACAUUCAGCCUACUAACUCCAGAGCCAAACCUAAGGCCAGGCUAUAAUGACUUUUACAACACACCGGACCUGCAGAAGAUGGUCCAUGCCACACAGGUCAGGAUACACCUCAGAGGACAAUACCACACCAGAGCAUCCCGGGUGAACCAGCGACACAGAUAUUACGCCAUCAAUGAGAUCACCAUCAGUGGCAGAUGUGAGUGUCACGGCCAUGCAGACCGCUGUGAUACCAGCAUGACGCCUUACCACUGUAUGUGUUUGCCUGAGAGCCACACAGAGGGAAACAAUUGCCAGCAUUGUGCACCCCUCUACAAUGACAAACCGUUCAGGUCAGGUGACCAGCUUCAGCCAAUGAACUGCAGGCUUUGCCAGUGUCAUGGCCAUGCCCUUUCUUGCCAUUACGAUGUUGAAGCUGAUGACCAACCGUAUGAGCAUUAUCGUGGAGGAGGAGGCGUGUGUGACAGCUGCAUGCAUAACACCUCGGGUAAGAACUGUGAGCUUUGUAAAAGUGGGUUUUUCAGGCUGGAGGAAUCUGAUCCCACUUCAGUUGAUGUAUGUCAGCUUUGCAACUGUCACACUGCUGGAACAGUGAACGGCUCCAUGGAGUGUGCCCAGGUUGGAGGUCAGUGUCCGUGUAAGGCUGCAGUAACAGGUCGUUGGUGUGCAGAGUGUUGGCCUGGUUGGUAUGGUCUUAAAGCCUCAAAUCCAGAUGGCUGCGAGCGCUGUAACUGCAGUGACAUAGGCAUCGUCAGCAGCUCAACAGGAGGAGAUCCAAGUUGCAACCAGGACACGGGACAGUGCCAGUGUAAACCUCACGUCACAGGUGUAUCUUGUGACCGCUGUGAGUUUGGUUAUUGGAACCUGUCCCAUCCAGACGGUUGCGUCCCAUGUGACUGCGACCCCCUGGGCUCCCUCAGCUCAUUCUGUGAGCCUGAUGGGGGGCAGUGUGAGUGUAAGCCUGGGGUGGGGGGAUGGCGCUGUGACUCCUGUGGCAGGGGUUUGUAUGGUUUAAGAGUGGAGGGAUCGUGUGCCCCCUGCAACUGCUCACAUGCAGGGACUGUACCUGGGACAGACUGUGAUCCUCACACAGGACAGUGUGUUUGUAAGGAACAUGUGGAAGGCCAUCAUUGUGACUCUUGUCAACAUGGCUACCACACCCUGGAGCAGCGAAACUCCCUAGGCUGUCUGCCUUGUGCCUGUGAUGUCUUUGGCACUGUGCCCGAGCGUGUGUGUGAUAUGAGGACUGGACAGUGUCCCUGCAGAGAGGGGGUGGAGGGAGCACGCUGCACCAACUGUGUCCACAACUACUACAACAGCAGUUUACACCUCCAGAAUGGGCUGAACAAGGGCUGUGUGCCAUGUAUCUGUGACCCCAGAGGAACCGUGGCAGGGUCAGUAUGUGACAGCAGCACGGGGCAGUGUGUUUGUCUCCCUACACGCUCUGGAAAAGACUGCAGCGGCUGCCGACCAGACUUCUACCUUUCCCCAGAUCAGAGCAUGUGUGUGGAGUGUGACUGCCAUCCCAUGGGAGCAUCCCAGCGUAGUUGUGAGAGUCAGACUGGACAGUGUGUGUGUGCCCAUCCCUCAGUGGGAGGGCCACGCUGUGACCAGUGUUGGAAGAUGUUCUUUGGAUUCAACCCUGGUUUGGGCAGGUGCCAGCCUUGUGCGUGUGACCCAUCGGGUAGUGUUAAUGGUUCAUGUCAUCCAGACUCAGGGCUGUGUGUAUGUAAGAUGCUGGUAACUGGAGACAAGUGUGAUCAAUGUCAACGUGGGGCGAGUCAUUUCGACCCUGAGAACCCCUUUGGCUGCAGUAAAGCGCCCUCCCAGCAGCCUGCUCCAGCAGGUUUUUCUCUCAGUUAUUCUUCCAUUCAUCUUUCCUGGCAUCCACCUGACUCCCCAAACUCGAACAAACUCAACUACACACUCAUGAGGGAUGGACAGUUGGUACAUAGCAUACAAAGUCACUAUCCUUUCAGCCCUGACUCAUUUGAAGACACUGGUUUGUUUCCGUACACUAACUACUCCUACUGGCUGAUAACAGCUAAUGCAGCUGGCUCUACAAUAAGCGCUUCAGCCUCAUACCAAACUUUAGGAGCACCACCUGAAGCAGAACAGCUCAAUCUAAACCUUGUGGGAAGACCUGGUCCAACAAUGGCUAGUUUUAACUGGAGCACACCUCGAAAUGAUACUGGCCCGGUGGAAAGGUUUGUGUUAUCCUGCUCAGAGUCAUCUAGUGGAGCAGAGCCUGUCAUCCACUACACUGGCUUAUCUACAGAAGCUGUCGCAAGUGGCCUAAAGCCCUUCACUCAGUACACUGUCAUAUUGGAGGCAUGCUCUUCUGGGGGUUGUUCUUCCACCCCACCACUGUCUCUUCUGACAGCUUCUUCCCCCCCACAAAACCAGCCCCCACCCACAGUCACUGCCACAGGACCUAAUACACUGCUUGCUACCUGGGAGCCCCCCAGUCAGCCUAAUGGUGUAAUCACAAGGUACGAGCUCUUCCUUCGUGGUCCGGUGGAAUCGAAGAACCUUUCGAGUCGUGCUGUUGAGAAUAAAGUUUUCUUCAGCUCUGGUUGGCUGGAUUCAAGUAUGUCAAUAGAAGCACAGCUUACCAAUAAUAGCAAAGUCCCACCACCAGAGAACACUACCACAGUAACAGAUCUGAAGGCUUUCUCCACCUAUCAGAUGAGAGUUGUGAGCAUCAAUGUGGCAGGAAGUGUGUCAUCAGGGUGGAGCACUGCACGCACCAUGGAGGGAGAUCCAGAGUUUAUUGCUCCUCCACAAGUGACCCCACUGUCAUCCAGCGCUCUCAAAGUUACUUGGAACUCCACUGAAGGUCAAGGGAUCAUAGCCAGAGGACAGGUUGCAGAAUAUCGAGUCAACUUAAUCACUAAACAGAGCAACAAUCCCUAUGCUCCUCCGCUUAUUAGCCAGGUCCUUCACAGUCUAGGACCAUCAUCACAACCUGUUUAUGAAGUAAAAGGACUGAAGCCCUACCAUGUGUACAACUUCACCGUUACACUCUGCACAAAGACGGGUUGCAUUACAAGUAUACCAAGCUCAGGACGGACUCUACCAGCAGCUCCAACAGGAUUAUCUCCACCUCGAUUACACUCAGUAAAUGAAACUACAAUACAGAUGGACUGGGAACCGCCUACUCAUCUCAAUGGGCCACAUCCACUAUAUCAGGUUGAGAGAACAGAUGUCUCCUUUUCUGACCCAGGAGCUCCUGUUGUCAGAGGAACCAGAUUUGCCGGAAACAGUUACUACCAAUUUCCAAAUGACACACUUCCUGUCAACACUGACUUCACAGGUGUUGAGUUGAGUUUUAAGACUCGGUCUCCAGAUGGCCUGCUGCUCUGUGCCUUCUCUCCAGGAAACCAAGAGGAGUUCCUGGCUCUUCAGAUCAAAGAUGGACACCCCUACUUUUUGUUUGAUCCACAGGGCUCUGCAGUGGCUGUGAGUGUACAGGGUGAUCGAGGGCGCCGCUACAAUGAUGGACAGUGGCACAGCAUCACAGCAACAAGGCGAGGGGCCGUGGGAACAAUCGUUGUAAACAAUCAAUACAGAGGAAGUGCAUCAGCUUCCAGCGGCAGCACUAUCAUUGGUGAGAACACAGGGGUAUUUAUUGGAGGGCUGCCUGAAGACCUCCCCUUGCUAAGAAAGGAUGCAGGUGAAGCUCAGCUAGUGCAACAGGGCUUCUCUGGUUGUCUCAGAGACGUGACUUUUAAGAUGAGUGAUGGCCCCUCAGAGGAAUGGAAACCUCUGGACUGGACCAAAGCCACAAUGAAGGAGGCCACAUAUGAGAGCUGGGAGGGAUGUCCUGUUCAAACUGUGGAUGGAGCCCAUUUUCUGGGUCAUGGUUACUUGGAGAUGAGUAAAGAUGUAUUCACUGGAGGACAGGACUUUGAAAUUUCCUUGGAUUUCAGAACAGACCAGCUCAAUGCACUUUUGCUGUUCACGUACAACACACAAACCGAGGACUACAUGCUGGUGGAGUUGGAAGGCGGUCUCCUGUCCUUCAUUCUGGCCUCUGAAAGUCAUGUGACUGAACUCAGCAUGUGGGUGGGGCUCAGUUACUGCGAUGGAGACUGGAAACAGCUUUCAUUGGCAAAACGCGGCUCGUCCAUCUCUGCUGCAGUCAAUGACUGGGCUGAGGAGACGAGGGGAGCGGGAGGAGCUUUGAGGCUGAGAGUUGAUUCGCCGUUAUACUUGGGGGGUGUGCCCAUGGAACUCAAACAUCCUGCUCUUGACAGUAGAAGUCACAAACAUGGCCUAGGAGGCUGCCUAAAGAGUCUCACUAUACGGAGUGAUGAAAAAAACCCUCCCGUCAGUCAAAGUGUUAAUUUUUUCAUGGCCUCCCGUCGCUCCGUUAGAGUCUACUUAGACGGCUGUCCCACCGGCGAGAGCCAGUAUAACUGCAGAGGAAAUGACUCAGUGUUGGUGUACAGUGGGAGGAAGACCCAAGCCACAGAUAAUAGUCUACAGCCUUUCACAGAGUACUUGUAUAGGGUUGUGGCUGUAGCUGCUGGAGGGUGGGCAGCAGGACCAUGGCAAAGAGGGCGCAGCCUAAGCAAAGUACCUGGGUCUGUGCCACCUCCCACCACAGUGGAGAGCUUGAAUGGAUUCAGUGCCCAGGUGAGCUGGGUACCUCCCACUGGUGGCAUCAGAGGGCUGAUUGACAGAUAUGAGUUAAAAGCCUACAAUAGAGACCAACCAGGAGCACCUCCGAUCAAAACAACGUAUCUGGCUAAUGGAAAUUUCACAGGUGUGCUGCCAGGUCUCACUCCAUCCACUCCAUAUGUUAUCACCGUAAGUGCCUGUAGUCCCGUUGGCUGCACUGAGAGUCUUUACAACGACAAUGGUAAUCAUGACAAUUUGAGAUGGAGCCUCACAACCCCGGAGGAAGCUCCAGAUGCUGUCCCUCCUCCUACUGCAGUCUCAUCUCCCUCAGUUCUGUAUGUUACCUGGGAACCUCCAGCAAGGCCAAAUGGAGACAUUACAGAGUACCUCCUCUAUCACGACAACCAAAUGGUCUACAGGGGAAAAAACAGACAACACAACAUCACUGGUCUUGGUGUGUAUUCUGCCCAUGUGUUUGCACUGAGUGCAUGCACUUUAGUGGGCUGCAGCAACAGUUCACAAGUUACUCUGCUGACCUCUCAGCUUCCUCCUGGGCCUCUGCAAGCACCAACCCUCACCCUGCUUGACUCCCGGACUAUUCUGGUGGAGUGGUCACGUCCCUCUCAGGUCAAUGGUGUUUUGGAAUUUUAUUCCAUCUUCCUGUCACGUGAUGGUACAGAGCCGGUGCUGACCUACAACAGCUCCCAACUUUUUGAAGACCACACACUCCGCAAUCUGACCCCUGGAACAGCUUACACCAUCACACUCACUGCCUGCACAGGAGGUGGGUGUACCUUGAGCCCUCCCAGCCAGGCUCAGACUGAGGAGAGCACCCCAGAGAGUGUCUCUGCUCCACUGGUUACUCAUUUGUCCCCACAUGCACUUAACGUCAGCUGGACACCUCCUGAUACCCCCAAUGGCAUUAUAACCAGCUAUGGUCUCUGGCUGGACGGAGCUCUCAUUUUAAACUGCAGCUCCUCUCAGAGGUUCUUUGUGGUGGACGGACUCUCACCGUGGAGCCGACACGUGCUCAGGCUGCAGGCCUGUACAGCACAGGGCUGUGGAAAGGGGCCAAUGCUGGAGCUACGCACAUUAGAGAUGGCCCCAGAAGGUCCUAUCCUGCUAGAACUGACCAAUCAGGGGUCUCGCUCUGUCAGAGCCCGCUGGACAGCCCCACCGAGACCAAAUGGGAACCUCAACUUCACGCUGUACUAUAAAAGCAAAGACGGUGAUGGUGUGUUGGAUGGGAGCACAACAGCCGGCAGCUGGUUGUCUGUGACCGACCUCCAGCCUUAUACCAACUACAGCUUCUGGAUCAGGGGUUGUAACACACAGGGUUGUGUUGAGAGCCUGCCGCACAACAUCACCACGCCUCCUGCAGCUCCGGAUGGGUUGUCACCUCCGAAGUUGGCUCGUGCAGCCCGUACCAGUCUGAAUGUAUCCUGGUCUGCCCCCGCCCACUCCAACGCACCAGGCCCGCUCCGUUACAGCUUGCAAAUGAGGACAACCCCACACAUGACUGUGAAAAGGAUCCUGGAAAAUGCAACAGAUACCCUGUCCCAUCAUGUAGAUGGCCUGUCACCGUACACACAGUACAUGUUUCGAGUGGUGGUUUCACACACACAUGGUCAGACAGCCGGGCCCUGGGCGACCCUGCGCACUGCAGAGGACAGUCCGGGACCGGUGGACACUCCAGCGGUAUCAGGGCUUCAUCCAAGAAGUGUAACUGUCACCUGGGUUCCUCCCUCCCAGCCAAAUGGAGUUAUCACCAAUUAUACCCUCUAUCUUAGCCCCAACUCUUUCUCUUCUUUGGAUUUCAAACCAAGUUCAGUUUCCAACACCAGCAUGACCUUCAACUCCAGCUCAGAUCCUGAAAAGAGUUUAUUGCCCAGCACUGAGGAGGCAUACUACGACAUGGGUCACACCCUCAGACAAACAUCCAGUCUCCCCACCCCGGACUCAAGCCACAUCUCCAUGUCUAAUGUGAACACAAGCAGUGAUGACGGCUCUAGCACCAUCCACAGAACUCAUCCUAGUCCCUUAGCUAACUCUUCCUCUAGCUCAAAGCCUGAUAUCACAGAAGACAAUUCUACAGGUGUAAGCUAUACAAGCCAAGGCCCCAGUAACAUCUUGUUUCUCUCCACUGAACCCAAUACCACCAGUGUGAACCAAAGCUCCAAUCCUCUAGAGUCAGACACAGAACAUAGCGCAACCACGUCUAAAACUCAACAAAUCCAAGAACAAGACUCCUCCAACAGUGGCAUCUCUGUUUUCUUAAGUGAAGAUUCGGAUUCAACUUCAUCAACCCAGUCAGUCUCUGUUCCAGGAAACAUCACACGCUACACUUUCCCUAACCUGCUGCCAUACCAGAGCUACAGCCUCAAGCUGGAGGUGUGUACCAGUGUGGGUUGUUCAGUGUCUGGGAUUUCUCAGAGCUUCCGUACCCUUCCGGCCCCACCUGAGGGGGUUCCUGCACCUCACCUUUAUUCCGACACCCCCACAUCUGUUCUCCUUUCCUGGGGAGCACCAGAGCGGAGCAAUGGACCACUAGAGCGGUGGUUGAUUGUGCGCAAAGUGGCCGGGACCAAACAAGUCUCCACAGUGGGUCAUCUCCCACCAGAUCCUCCCCCUCUUUCCUUCCUGGACUCUUCAUCAGCUCUCAGUCCCUGGACAAGCUACCAGUAUCGACUUGCUCUUCAUAAUCAGGCUGGAAACACCACAGGGCCCUGGGUAAAUAUCACUACAAGACCUUCUCGGCCAGCUGGUCUCAGUCCGCCAAGGGUGAAGGUUGUUGGGCCAGAAUCCCUUCAGGUCACGUGGUCCCCUCCACUCAUUCCCAAUGGAGAAAUCCGUGGCUACGAGAUCCGCCUCCCAGAACCCCGCGUCUUCCAUGAAAGUGACAACGCUUCUGAACUGAACAUGACAAUAAUGGACCUCAUUCCCUUCACAAACUACAGUAUCACUGUGCUGGCAUGUUCCGAGGGUGGCGGGCAUGUUGGAGGAUGUACAGAAAGCCUGCCUACUUUAGCCACUACAUUACCCACAAUCCCUGAGGGGCUUGAACCUCUGUCUGUAGUGGCAGUCAGUGAGUCUUUUCUGGCCAUUUCCUGGCAGCCGCCUAGCAGGCCCAACGGACCUAACAUCAGAUACAAGUUGCUCAGACGUAAAACCUACCAGCCCCUGGCCAUCGCCACGUUCCCCUCGGUAACAGCCAUGUCCCCUCCCCCCUCAGAAGAUCUCCAUCACUGGCUCCAUGUUUACUCCGGCACCAAAUUGUUCUACCAAGAUAAAGGCCUAAGCAGGUUCACACAUUACCAGUACCAGCUUGAGGUAAAUAACGAUGUGGGCCCCUCUUCAGGAGACAUUGUUACUGCGGUGACUAUGGGAGGGGUUCCCUACCGCCCUCCAUCUCUAUCUGCCCAUGCUAUCAAUCACACCUCUGUAGAGGUUAACUGGACACAACCCUCUCUGCAGGACCUUCAGGGUGAGGUGGAAUCUUACUUUGUGAUGAUAGAGUCCGCCCAGCCUGGACAAAUCUUCACUUUACCUCCUGAGAUUCUUUUUACAGUGAUAACUGAACUCUGGCCCAGCACCACAUAUCUGGUGUCAUUACAUGUGUCAAAUGGAGCACAUAACACAACUAAGGCAAUGGUUAACGUCACAACAGAAGAUGGAGAGCCAGAAGGGAUGUCGGCCCCUGAGGUAGUUCCAGUUAACAGCAGCACAGUACGAGUACUGUGGUCGCCUCCUCUAAAGCCCAAUGGAGCAGUGACUGGUUAUUACAUCUACGUUAAUGACCAUCUGAAGGGCAGUGUAGACAACAGCUCAGGGUCUUACCUGCUGGGGGGCAUGCUGCCUUUCACUGUCUACAAUAUACAGAUGGAGGUUUGUACUGUGUAUGCAUGUGUGCGGAGUAAUAUCACUCAAACAACUACUGUGGAGGACCUUCCUACAGACCUGGCCACACCGAACGCACAAGUUAUUAGUCCGAGGGCAGUGAGGCUGGACUGGUCUCAUCCAGGCAGGCCAAGUGGGAUCAUGCUGGGCUAUGAGGUUUUAAGACGAACCCUGAGGUCAUGUGACACCGGGUCAGCAGGGGUCACUUCCUCUGCUGGGGAAGAGUCAGGAGGUGCGGGUGGUGUAAGGUUCAGAUGUUCCUACCUGCAGUGUCCCGCCACCCACAGUGUGUGUGGGACAUCCUGCUUCAAUCCUGACGUUCAGGUCUGCUGCAGUGGAUUUUUGUACACUAAAAAACCCCAUCAUCAUUGCUGUGAGGGCCGUUACCUGAGUUUGAAUAAUUCCUCAAACCUGGUGUGUUGCAAUGAAAAACUGUUCCCAGCUCUCCCUGACCACCGCUGUUGUGGAGGAUACUAUGUUCACGUAGAAUCCAAUGAAAACUGCUGUCCCGACCACUCCCAGGGCAGGGUCUCUGUGGGGCCUGGUGACAGCUGCUGUGGGGGGGUCCCUUUCUCCACGAGGAGCGGUCAGCUCUGCUGCAGCGGGAGCCUCCAUGACGGCUACAAGGUCCAAUGCUGUGGAGGCCGGAUUGUGGAUGAGGCAUUGGUGUGCUGCGGUGAUGCUCAGAGAGGGGAAGUACAUUCAUAUCUCUCAGGUUUCAUCUGCUGUGGUCAAGAAUACUUAAACUCCUCAACCUCUCUUUGCUGUGUGGGCAAUAAUGGAGUUCCCACAAUGCACCCUGCUGGUAAUGCCACAGUGAUGUUACAGUGCUGUGGGUCAAAGGUCAUACAUCAGGAAGAAGAAUGCUGCAGUGGGAUUGGCUAUGACCCUCAACGACACGUGUGUGCCGACAGAGCCACACCUGGCCUGAAACUACAGCACCAGUGUUUGCAGGGCACUGUGUGUCCUGUAACUGCGGCAUCUACGGCGUACUGUGGCUCCUGUGACCUCGAUCCAUCUACGACUGCCUGCACAUGGGUCCUGACGGCACACGCACACCCUCUGUCACUCUCUGACGCAUCCUCCUAUACAACGUACUCGCCUCCCAUCAACACCACACAUCAAACCAUUACUGCAGGCCUGUCUGCGUAUUCAAACAAAAGUCAUAACAUUUACAAAACGGCAGAGGCAUACACUUACACGCAAACUGGGAGUCUGCAGUCUGUGGGAAACCUGUGUCCAUCCCAUGAGGAGGUCAUAUACAGCGGAGAUGCCAGCAAAUACACCUAUACAGACUCAGACCUGGAGCCCUUCACCAGCUAUGAGUACAGAGUGAGGGGCUGGAACAGCUUCGGACGAGGCUCCAGUGAUAUAACAACAGUGACGACCAGUGAAGACAAACCAUGGGGGGUGGCACCACCCCGUUGGAACCGUAUAGGUGAACGAGAUGACAUCAUCCAGUUGCAGUGGCAAGGACCUGCUAGGCCUAAUGGCGAUGUCACCCACUAUGUUAUACUGCGGGAUGGACAAGAGCGUUAUCGUGGAGAUGAAAACAGUUUCACUGAUGUGGGUGGGAUCAGGCCUUUCCAGGAAUACAACUACCAGCUGAGGGUCUGUAACCGGGCCGGUUGUACUGACAGUUCACAGGUGGUGGCAGUGACUGUCCAGGGAGUCCCAGCGGGGGUGCAGCCCCCUGUGUUAACAGCUUUAAGCCCCUCCUCCCUCGAUGUGAGCUGGUCUGAACCUACACAUCCCAAUGGAAUCAUUCAUCGGUACCACCUGAACCAGACUGAUGUUGGAACCAUAUAUACAAACAACAAUGGACCCAGACAUUAUACUGUGACUGGUUUUGAAGCAUACACAAACUACAGUUUUGUGCUGGUGGCCUGUACAGCUGUCGGAUGUGGAGCCAGGCUCCCUUCAACAGGACACACCCUGCAAGCCUCCCCUGCUGGUGUAUGGUCAAGACGACAUCUGAUGAUAAACACAUCUGCUGUGGAGCUGUACUGGGAUCAGCCGUCUCAGCCUAAUGGACACAUUUUCCAGUACAGACUGAACAGAGACGGUCACAACAUUUUUACGGGAGACCACCGUGACCAGAAUUAUGACACUGGACUCCUGCCAAACCACAGGUAUGUGUAUGAGCUUGAGGCCAGUACAGGGGGUGGAACAAGUGUGAGUGACAAAUACGUCAUACAAACACCAGUGUCAUGCCCCACUGGGAUUCAACCUCCUCACAGUGUGACCGUCUCAGGCCCCUACUCCAUCUCUCUCGCCUGGACCCCUACAGCUCAGUUCAUCAGCAGCCAGCCUGUAAACUACAACAUCAUGUUAAUUCCAGGAAAUGACAGAGCUAUAAGACAUCAUGCUGGACAACAUUUGCAGCUCACUGUGACAGGUCUAGAGCCAUUCACUACCUACUACAUCAGAGUGCAGGCCUGUCAAAAUGAGGGUUGUGGUGUUGGAGAGGGAAUGCAUGUCCUGACUUUAGAGACAACCCCAGAAGGUCUGCCUCCCCCCACAAUAACGGCAGCUGGAGCCAAUGUCCUGGAGAUCCAGUGGUCACCCCAAAAAUCCAAUGGACUUAUCACAUCAUACCACGUUUACAGGCGUCCAGUGGGCACAGAGGAGGAGCUGCUGGUGUUUAUUUGGUCCAGUGGGCCCCUUGAAUUUGUUGAUGCAAGCCCGACCCUACAACCCUUCAGCUACUUCCAAUACAGGCUUCGUGUCCACAACUCCAAAGGCUCCGCCCUGAGCCAAUGGGCUUUAGCUCAGACAUUACAGGCAGAACCGCAGAAUAUGGCCCCUCCAACUAUUGCACCCACAGGUGCAUACUCAGUCCAGCUAAAAUGGGGAGAACCACAACAGCCCAACGGUCUCAUUUCCCAUUAUAGACUUGUUUACAAGAAGCACCAGCAGGAUCCAACACUCAACUCCACUGCUGUUACCGCUCUCACUGUGGAGGGUUCAGUCCUUGAAGCAACCAUCUACGGUCUUGAACCUUACAGUCAGUAUAGUCUCAGAGUUGUGGCUGUAAACACAGCAGGUAGUGUGUCCAGUCCGUGGGUAAGCAUUAGGACCCUGGAGUCUUCCCCAGCCGGCCUGGCUAACUUCACAGUGGAGCAGAGAGAGCAGGGCAGGGCGUUACUGCUGAGCUGGGAUCAGCCCAGUACUCCUAAUGGAAUCAUUACAAUGUACAACCUGUACAGCGAGGGGAACCUGGAAUUCAGCGGAUUAUCUCGUAACUUUCUGUUCAGACGUCUGGAGCCGUGGACUCUGUACACUUUGACACUAGAAGCUUGUACCUCGGCAGGCUGCACACGCACCCCACCUCAGCACGUCACCACAGCAGCUGCUCCACCUGCCUCCCAGCCCCCUCCCAGACCUCUCUAUAUUGGUCCAGACAGUGUGUCACUCAGCUGGGGCCCUCCCGCCCAGCCAAACGGGCCCAUCGGAGAGUACUUUUUGCUUGGGAGAAGUCUGGAGGAUGUGGGGAGGGGAAGAAGUAAUGAUGAAGAGGGUGUGGAAAGAGGAAAGGUUCUGUUCAGGGAAUCAGCUCCACAACAUGCUGACACAUUCUCAUACACAGCAUCUGGUCUGCAUCCCUGGACACAGUACGAGUUCAGUGUCCGCACUCACAACCCAGCUGGACACACAGAAAGCCCCUGGGUAACUGUUACAACCAGACAGGCCCCUCCUCGUGGUUUGGCUCCCUCAACAGUGAGUCACAUCCUGGGCCAGCCAAGGGAGCUGUUGGUCUCUUGGUCUCCUCCUCUGGAGCCAAACGGGAUUCUGCAGUCCUAUAGGAUUCAGAGAAACAAUGUCAGCUUCUCCUUUAGUUUUGACCCCACUGUCACCAGCUACAAGGAUGAAGACCUCCUGCCCUUUUCCUCAUAUAGCUACUCAAUCAUAGCCUGCACGUCUGAGGGAUGCAUCACCAGCCUUGACACACACAUCACAACUCUAGAGGCUCCGCCUGCCACAGUAGAAGCUCCCACAGUCAAUGCCAUCACAUCUAAUAUGAUGAACAUUUCCUGGAGUAAACCUCUGACACAGAACGGGGAGGUGAUUGAAUAUGUGCUGAAGCUGAACAGCGAAGAAGCUUAUCGUGGCAGAGGCCAAAAUACAGUGCUGUCAGAUAUGCAGCCGCACAAAUCGUAUCAGCUGGUCCUCUCAGCCUGUACCAGAGGUGGAUGCACCACCAGCAAUGCAAUGUCUGCUGUAACUGAGGAGGCUCCUCCUACUGGCCUGACAGCUCCAGCUCUUAAGGUCACUGGCCCAGAGUCAGUGGAGGUUAGUUGGAGACCACCAAAGCACCCCAAUGGCAUCAUCACAGGGUACGAACUCCACAGAGACGGUGAAGUUAUAUACGUUGGCACAGAGACUCACUACCACGACUUCACUCUUUUGCCAAGUGUAGAAUACAGCUAUGUUGUCUGGGCCAACAACAGCAAAGGAGCAGUGAGCAGCACAGCAGCCACAGCAAAGACUCACCCAUCAGCUCCUUCUGGUGUCGGUCUGCCCACACUGACACCUCUAGGACCAGGCCAGGUGAGAGUAGAGUGGAGCACUCCAGCCCGUCCAAAUGGAGACAUUGUGAGUUACACUGUUCAUCACAGAGACCCGGUCCAGCUCAGCAUCAGUAGCACUGUGUUCACUCCAGAGGAGAGUGACUUCUCCGACAGACACACAACUCUGCUUGGGCUGGCUGCUCACCACAGGUAUGAAGUGAGAGUGGAGGCUUGCACAGCGCUGGGCUGCUCCUCCAGCGACUGGUCACCAGUACUCACUCUAGAGGCUCCCCCUGCUGGACAAACAGCGCCUCUGUUAGACCUUCGUCCAGAUGCAAACACCGGCCUACAGACCACCUUUCUUCUCACCUGGUCCCCUCCUGCUCAACCAAAUGGAAGAGUCCUUCGUUAUGAAGUGUAUCGCAGGCUGGACCAAACCACUGACACCCACAGACAGGAUGCAGCAACACUUAUCUACAGGAAUAUCACGACUACGUACAAAGAUGAAGCACUACAGCCGUAUACUGUAUACCAGUACCAGGUGUGUGCAGUGAAUUCAGCCGGCCGUUCUACCAGUGCAUGGACCUAUGGGAGAACAGGACCCGCCCCACCUGAGGGGGUUGGCUUGCCCAGUUUCCUGCGUGUUUCAGCAACCUCAGUAGUAGUGGACAUCCCUCCUCCAGCCCGAGCCAAUGGGAUUGUGAGCCUUUACAGAGUGUUCUCACUGAACCGCUCCAACCACACUCUGCUCUCAGAAGGAACAUCCAAUCAGCAGACUCUCCAUGGUUUACAACCUUACACAUUGUACUGGGUGGGAGUGGAGGCCUGCACUUGUUAUCAGUGCUGUAGCCAGGGGCCACUUACUGAGCUCCGAACCUUGGCUGCCCCCCCAGCCCAUCAGCCCCCUCCCCGGCCCGUCAUCCUGACCUCCCGCUCUGUUCAGCUGGAGUGGGACGAGCCUCUGGCACCGAAUGGAGUCAUAGAGAGCUGUGAGCUUCAUCUCAGGUCUUCUUGCCCGCAGCCCCACCAGCCUGUACCCCUCUCUUGUGGUGAAGGACCAGUGGAAAUCUGUUUCUUUGGCAAAAGGCGGAGCUUCAAUGUGACAGGACUCCAGCCUUACUCCAACUAUCAGCUGAGAGCUGCCUGCUUCAACAACAUGGGCAGCACUGCCUCCAACUGGACGACUGUCACCACUCUGAGCGAAGCCCCGCAGUAUGUGUCUCCAUUCUCAGUGGACAGUAACCUGACCGUCAUCUGGCUAGACUGGACCGAGUCCUUCUCCCUAAAUGGGUACCUGAAGGAGUACAGUGUGACUGAGAGCCGGCUCAGGGUCUACACUGGCUUUUACAGCUACCUUUAUAUUCCACGAACAUCACAGAAGACUUUGUCUUUCCAGGUGACUUGUACAACAACCAGUGGAAGUGCGAGUACGCCCACCAUCAAAUACAGCCCUGCCACAGGCCAAAGUCCUGUUGAGGCUGAGGACAGUGGUAAACAUAGCAUCAGUAUGACAGCAACACCAGUUUACUCUGAGCUGUGGUUCAUCUUAUUGUUGGCCCUGUUAGGUCUCUUUUUGCUUGCCAUACUGCUGGGACUGGUGCUGCAAAGAGCCCUAAGGAAGAAUCCAUCAGCCAGAGAGCGCCCUCCGCUGGUCAUGCUUCAGAAGAGCAGGAAAUCAGGCGGGGAGACGUACAUGAGGUCCUGUCCUGAGUUGUGCUCUAAACAUCUCUCCAGCUCUGUGCUGCUCCCUGAUCGUCCCACAAGUCUGACAGACACAAAAAUAAUCAGCAGCAGCUCAAGGUUCAGCCCCAUGUCUGUCCUGCGGGUCCCCAGUGAAACAGACCUCAGCCAGGGCUACUCCCAGCAUUCCUUGCACCGCAGCGUCAGUCAGCUGAUUGACAGGAAGUCACUGAUGCUAGAAGAAGGAGGUUGGGACAAUCAACUGGGACAAGAUUCAGGAUUGUAUGUGGAGGAAGAUGAGUUUGUGGACGCCAUGAAAGCCUUCAGUUCUGGGAAAAAGGAACACACCAUGUUCACUGACACUCAUCUUUAAGACAACAUGCCUACAGCUGAUGGAAAUUAAAUUUAACAAUGCCUUAAAUAAAACUUAGUUGAUGUACUCUUAAAAUAAUACUGAAACAGUAUUCAGGCAUUGUGGCACUGAUCACAAUAUAAUGUGAUGUUUUUAAGAGUUUUAGUAAUGUUCAGAUUGAAAGUUGUGAAAGAAAGCUAGACCUCAGAGUAAGGGGUGAAAAAAGUUGUCAUGUGUAACUUCCUGUACAGACUUAAACCCCCUCCAUAUGCCCUAUUUUUGGUUGAGGGAAUAAUAAACUUCUAUAAAAUAAGCUCUGCUAUAGACACGGUUAGCUGUCAUUUUAAAGGAUAAAGCUACAGUAUCAAAAUAAUCUAACCCUGCUAAAACUCCAGAACAGCUUGUGUAUUAUGAUUAGUUGUCUCUGCUUGCCAACUGUUAGUAGUUUAGUUAAGUUACAUAUAAAGGUCACCUUGAGCAGGUGACAUCUCACUUCUUAGGACUGACUCAGUCUAGAAAUCAAAUCCUCUGAAAAGUUUCUGUCACCUCUGCUGUGCCUAGUAACACAUCCUUACACAUGACCAGCAGCAAUAAUGCUUCAGUAAUCAAACACACAUGGCCUUGGUGUUAGUAUUGUCACAAAAAUGCCAACUGUCUUUUUUUAUUUCAUGUUUUGUGGCUGAAAUUCACAAAUGUGCCGUUGUAUUUUUGUGGUUGUAGGAUGUUCCUUGAUGUGAAUUUUUUAUUCAUAUUUUGACAGUAUACGACAAUUUAAUAUAAAAGAAACUGGAUGUAAAACCAAACUUUGCUUCGUGUAUUGAGGAUCGAUUUCAUAGUCUAGCUGUGAGUGGAAUCCAGACUCAGUGUUGUUCAGCAGUCAUGAUUGUGAUCUUAUUAUGAAAAAAUUCCUUCAAUGUCCUUUAACUGUGUUAUUAAACAGUGAUCGUUUGUAUUCCACAGAUUGGUGUAUAAAGUGAUCAGAAGCUCAUCAUAGUGGAGACAGUAUUUAUCAGAAUAACAUGAAACUUAAUGACUGUGUAAUGUUGAUGGUGUCUUGUGUACAAAAUAGAAGCGUCAAAUUUUGUUAUAAUUUAUUCUUUUUUUUACAUUUGCAGUAUUAUUUAUGGAUGUUGUAUAAUAUGUCUAAUAUAUCGGUGAUUGAUUGAAUAUCUUUGUGUAUGUGGGAAAUUAUAAAUGAUGUUCAAUAGUCAAGAAAA